UUUAAACGAUAAACAUGACCGAUCUGCACCGUCACAUUUUCAUUGGAAAAUCUUAAAGUGCAGGAUGCUAAUAUUUUCGAACUCGUCGAUUUUAGCCUGUCCCGACAAGAAGGAAAUAAAACAAGUUCAUAUUAUCAUUAGCACCAUGAACGAUGAUUACGAUCGUUUAACAUCGUUGUUUAUGAAAUUUGCUCUUAUUCAACAAGGGGCUAUAAGACAAGUAACGCCAGAAAUGUUUCUUAUGUGUUUCCGCUACACGAUGACGGCUCGGAUUGCGCCAACUUGGAAUACGAUAGGAUAUAAUUAUCUUAUUAAUAACAGAAAUUUCCUGUCGACUACGGGUCAUCAAGAUGGUAUCAAAUACCAAAUUUCAUUUAACGACUCGUCCACGGUACUCGAAUUAAAGCCGAUUAAAAUGAUUUUAAUCCGUUCUGAUAGUGACUACAAGCCCGGUGACUGCGUCCGGGUAUUGCCAAGUUUAAGCAAAGCCAUUAUACAGGAUUUCUGCAAAUCAUUACCUGAGUCUGGAAGUUUUAAGAGUUAUCAAGAUUUACGAAGACACUGGAAAAACAUCCACGGUUACCGCAUACCGGAAGAGGAGGGUUCGUAUUACAUGGUUAGGUUUUGGCGCGGAGAGCCAUUAACCUAUCCAAAGUUGUGCUUAACACAAAACUUCCCCAUCAUAACACCGUUGCCCAAGUCUGCUGAGGAGUCUGUACUUUCGAGAUUUUUAACAAGUCUAAAAACUAAGAUGCCUUGUUUCCUUGGCAAGCCGUUAGUAAUAAAAUUCGAUAGUGAAAAUAGCAAUUUUAGUGCUAGUGACGUUUCAAACGACACUUACUCGCAAGCAGUAAGUCUUUGUACUCCGACACAGCGAUCGACUCAACAAAAGCGUUAAAAAAUUAUAGCACAUGUUAAAAAAAACAACAAAUUCAAAUUCAUAAAAUUUAAUUGAAAUGUCAGCUUUAUAGAAGUUAAUUAAUGAUUCAAAUUUCU